UGCAUUAGUGAACGAAAUGUGGUUAGUCAUUCACAACAAGGUGCAGAGUACUGGCCAUAAAGAUUGAAAAUAACAAAAUUACAAAUUCUUCAAAUUAUAAACGUCUUAAAAUGAACACUAACGCAAUUAUACCCAUCUGCAGCUUGACCACCGGAUUUUAUAUUUCAUCCAUAAAAGCCCGUGUGAUAUGGAAAUCAGAGAUAACGCAAUGGAGAAAAGGCCAAAAAUGUGGAAUAGUUUAUAUUAUGCAUUUAUUGGAUGAGUCUGGUGAAAUAACAGGAAUUGUGUUUGCUGACUAUGACAAUGGAUUUUACGGCCAGAUUCAACCAGGCCUGGUAUACCUUAUCUCUGGGUUUGAUGUGGAAGAGGCGAUUAGUGACUAUAAAGUUUCAGACAACCCUUAUCAAUUAUUUUUUCGUCACAAUAUUGUCCUAGAACUCAGUGCUUGUGGCCGGAUUCCCCGAGAAAAGUAUAAUUUCCUGCCGUUGGUAAAGGUUUCUUCUAAAGCAGACAAAGACCCCGUCGACGCAAUUGGAAUCUGCACGGCGGUUGGAAGGCUGGAAGAAAGAAGAGGUUUUUUUAUUCGGGAAAUCUUACUUGUGGAUCCUUUUUACCAUCCUGUCAUGUUAAAUCUGUGGCAAAAGGAAGCUGUGAACUUUGUGGGUCAACCUAAUGACGUUAUCGUAGUCAAAGGGGCGCGUGCCCAGCCUCACAAUAAUAAAAUGAAGCUCAACGCCAGCUGGUACACGAAUGUGCAGAUCAAUCCAGAUAUUCCUGACGCCACUGCCCUGUUGGCAUGGUACAAUAACCAAAAAUGAACUCUGCAAUAUUACUGGGACCUACGAUAAAUUGAUAUUCUUAAAUGUUAAGAAGAAUCAAAAAACUUUUAUUACAUUAUGAAAUGUAUCGUUAUCCAUAUAUGAAAUGUUUCCAUAUAAAACAAAGUUUUUGAACAUUUUUAAA